GGGGAAACUGAACCGAAGAGGAAGCAGAAUCCAAUGAGAAUCUUUUCUUUCGGCUCGAUAGAAAAUUUGUUAUAACUUUAAUGCGUUACAUACACUUUGCAAGUACACAAAAACUUUUUAUUAACUUAGUGCGUAUGUUAAGCUGUGACUUGCACACGUUUUUGCGUUAUUUAAAGAAUUAUUUAACAGCGUUUUACCGUCUACCGUCACAAACAGGAUAGAACACUUUCUUGCGGGUUGUCACAAUUACUUAAAAUGGCGUGUAGACUGUUCGAACUCUACUUUGCUCUUUCAAAGUAAGAAUACUGCGCUGACUACUAUUGUAACGGCGUUUGGGUGUGUUCAGUGAUGCAGCUGAAUGUUGUAGUUGAAAUUAGCUACGUGUAGUGAAACUUUAAUUCCUUGGAAUUUCGCGUAGAAUUUAAUUGCAACAACAAUUUAUUUUAUAAUUUGUCAAAAUAAAUAAAUACCAUUCAAUUAUUUAUAAUCAAAUACAAUAGCCCACAAUCUCUACUGAAUUUGAUAACAAGACAUCGACUUAUCGAUAGCUUUAAUCGUUGAAGUUUCACCUUUGUUCUAAAUUUUGACAUAAUCGGUUGGACAAAAUUUGAAAAGUUCGAAAUUUCAGUUUCCGGUGCAAUAUACAAUAAGAUAUUUAAAUCGCAAUUUGGCAUAUUCUUUAUGCUCUGAUUAUUUCGUUACCUCUAAUAUCCUAUAAGGAAGUCAUAUAUGAGAUAUAAGUAAAAUAAUAUAUAGAAGGAUUAAAUUUUCUAAUCUAGUGUGAACGAAAUAAGCAGUGUAUGAGAAGAUUGCUGAUUAUAGAAGACUAGGCGACUUUUGUAUACUUGUAAGAGAUCAUGGAAAAACGUGAUAAGAGUUGGGAUAUUGACACAACAAUGAAAUUAAUUAAAAAAGUCGAACAGCAACGAUUGCUGUGGGACACACAUGACAUUGAUUUUCUGAAUAUUGUGAAGAAACGACGUGUUUUCAGUGAGAUUGGUUUGGAAUUUGGCUGUAUUGGUUCUGAAAUUGAACGCAAAUGGCGAGAAUUGCGAAACCAAUAUCGACGUGAAAAAUUGCAAUACAGCACCUUGAACGCAAUGCCCUCAUGGUUUGCAUACGAACAUAUGCGCUUCGUGGAUAACCACGAUUCGUGCAACUCCUUGACCCUGGCACCAACAUCACCAGUUUCAAUAAACUCCUCUAUUGCCGAAGCUUCUAAAGCAUACUUUCAUGCAUAUAAAUUACAGAAUGGUAAAUAUCCUCCGUCCAGUGACACAAUAUCUGAAGUUGAACAAUCACAAAUAGCUGAUAGGGAUGAAUUGGAAAUUUUCGCUGAGGGCGUAGCAGCUAAGUUACGAAAAAUUCAAGAUCCUCGUGUUCAGCUGUGUGUGCAACGCGAUAUCGAUAAUGCACUCUAUGAUGCAUUGAUGAAAAAUGCAGUACCAAAACGUAACUCAAUUAGUGCCAUGACAAGUGCCAGUAGUAAUAACAGAUAUAAAUCGCUUAAAUACAUUGUGCCUGGUAUGAGCUCAUUUUUUAAUUAUUACCACUGAAUAAAAAAAAAAAGCAAAAAACUAACAACCUCGAUUUCCAUAUAGUGGUAGAACGGCACUUUACUGGAAUGCAGCUGUGAAAAUACUAAUGCAAAUGCAUGCAGCAACGUGGGACUGCAUAUUCAAAAAUUGAAAGUAUCGCAAAUAAUUUGUAAACAAAUGUAUACUAGAGAUUCUAUAGCUACAUAUUUAAUAAAAUUACACAUUUUUCGGCAAA